AUGCUCCUGGACGCCGGACCCCAGUAUCCCGCGAUCGGCGUGACCACCUUUGGUGCAUCCCGGCACCACUCGGCGGGCGACGUGGCCGAGAGAGACGUGGGCCUGGGUAUCAACCCGUUCGCCGACGGCAUGGGCGCCUUCAAGCUCAACCCCAGUUCGCACGAACUGGCCUCGGCCGGCCAGACAGCCUUCACGUCGCAGGCUCCCGGCUACGCCGCUGCUGCGGCCCUGGGCCACCAUCACCACCCCGGCCACGUCGGCUCCUACUCCAGCGCUGCUUUCAAUUCUACCCGGGACUUUCUGUUCCGCAACCGGGGCUUCGGCGACGCGGCGGCGGCAGCUAGCGCCCAGCACAGUCUCUUCGCUGCUUCGGCCGGCGGCUUCGGGGGCCCACACGGCCAUACGGACGCCGCGGGCCACCUCCUUUUUUCUGGGCUUCACGAGCAGGCGGCCGGCCACGCUUCGCCCAACGUGGUUAACGGGCAGAUGCGGCUAGGUUUCUCCGGGGACAUGUACCCACGGCCGGAGCAGUACGGCCAGGUGACCAGCCCGCGAUCCGAGCACUAUGCUGCCCCGCAGCUUCACGGCUACGGGCCCAUGAACGUGAACAUGGCUGCACACCACGGCGCUGGAGCCUUCUUCCGCUAUAUGCGCCAACCCAUCAAGCAAGAGCUUAUCUGUAAAUGGAUCGAGCCGGAGCAGCUGGCCAACCCCAAAAAGUCGUGCAACAAAACUUUCAGCACCAUGCACGAGCUGGUCACGCACGUCACGGUGGAGCACGUCGGCGGCCCAGAGCAGAGCAACCACAUCUGCUUCUGGGAGGAGUGCCCACGGGAGGGCAAGCCCUUCAAAGCCAAAUACAAACUGGUCAACCACAUCCGCGUGCACACAGGCGAAAAGCCUUUUCCCUGCCCGUUUCCUGGCUGCGGCAAGGUUUUCGCGCGUUCAGAGAACCUCAAGAUCCACAAAAGGACGCACACAGGGGAGAAGCCCUUCAAGUGCGAGUUCGAGGGCUGCGACCGGCGCUUCGCCAACAGCAGCGACCGCAAGAAGCACAUGCACGUGCACACUAGCGACAAGCCCUACCUUUGCAAGAUGUGCGACAAGUCCUACACGCACCCCAGCUCUCUGCGCAAACACAUGAAGGUCCACGAGUCCUCUUCUCAGGGCUCGCAGCCUUCACCCGCCGCCAGCUCCGGGUAUGAGUCGUCCACGCCACCCACCAUCGUGUCUCCCACCACAGACAACCCGACCACCAGUUCCAUGUCGCCCUCCUCCUCCGCGGUCCACCACACAGCCGGCCACAGCGCGCUCUCUUCCAAUUUUAACGAAUGGUACGUUUAA